AUGCAUGAUUCCCGUAUGUGUGUGCCAGGACAGGACCGCCGUGUUUCGUUUCCCGCAUCCGCCCGCCCGCACCUGUGCAACCUCGUGCAACGGUCGGCCGUGCCCAAAAUAGACGGCCGUUGGAUGCGUGCGCAGCCUCAAAAGUCGCCAUCGCCUUUCUCGUUCGAGCUCGAGCCACGGCGACACAGUCAGCGACGCGCAGGCGUCGUACCGUGUCCAGCCCCGUUUUGCCUCGUCCGCCUGUCGUCACCGGCUGGGGCUGAGGCGUGCCAGUGA